UCUCCUCCAAAAAUUCUCAUUUCAGAUCUCCACACUCAUUUCCAUGGAAAUUCAAUCCGAACCCAUUUCAGAAAAUCUCUCUCAAUCCCACCUCCAAUCCCAGAAUCUCGAUCAGGUUGAGACCGCGGAAGAGAUAUCGUCCGUUUGUGACGGUCUCCAGACCCAAGAGAACGAGCUUGCCGAUGCCUGUGAGGAAGUUCCGAUCGAAUUCGAUGGCCUCACAACUCAAAAUCUCGAUCUUGUUAAAACCAAUGUAGCAAUCUUGGAUGGAUGCAGCCAUCUGAAUCUGAUCGGAACCCAUGAAGCAGCUUCGACUGGCAACAAUGGUCUACAGACUCAAAAUCUUGAUUUCAUUAAGGCAGAUGAAGAGAUCUCGACUGUAUGUGGCAAUCUACAGGUCCAAAAUCUCAAUGUCAUUGAGACUAAUGAAGAGAUUUUAACAGAAUUCAGAUCCAUCAGAAGCCAGAAUGGUGAUUUCAUCGACACCCAUGAAGACAUCCCGAUUGAAUGCAGCAACCUCCCUACUAGAAAACUCAAUCUUGUCAAGACGGAUGAAGGCCUCUCAUCUGAGUCUGACACUCUCUGGACGCAAAAUCAAGAGGUCUCAAUCCAAUUCGAAUACUUCAAAAGCCAAAACCUUGACCUCAUCAAUACCCUCGAAGAAAUCUCUGCUGAGCGGGACAGUCUCUGUGCACAGAACUUCAAUCUCAUUGAAUCCUUUGAACGUGUCUGUUCUGAACGUGACAAUCUCCAAUCCAAUCUCCAUAGACUUGAAAAUGAAAUCAGCUCAUUACUGGAAGAAAGGAGUGAGAGAAUCCGAGUUUUCUCUGAGGGUGUGGAAUCACUGACAUCAGUAAAAGGAUGCUUGAAAAGAAUUGCUGAUCGAAUCGCUGAAGGAAAGACAGAGAGUUCUGUUAGAGAAGCAGAGCAGGUUCUGCUGAUUUCAGAUGAGGACCCAGAAAGACUAUCGUUGGAAGUCAUGGGUAUUUAUAAGCUUGCAAUGAUGGUGGAGUCACAGGCAGUGGAGCAUGAAGAAACAAGAACCAAAAGAAUGCAGGUUUUGUCUGAGAGUAUUGAUUCACUCCGAUCAGUAAAAGAGUGCUUGGCGAGGAUUGCCAAGGGAGUCAAUGAAGACAAGACAUUGAAUUUUGGAGAAGAGGAUGAGCGGGUCCUGGACGGAUUAGAUAUAGGAGAAGAUAUGAGAACGGUAUUUCUGGAAAUUACAGAUAUCCAUAAGCUUGCGAUGAUGGGGGAAGCACGGAUCAUGGAGCAUGAUGAAAUGAGAAGGCGAGAAAUGGAGGAGGUGUUGGAGGAAACAAGAAAGAGAACCCAGGUUUUUUCUGACAGUUUUGAUUCUCUUCACUCAUUGAAGGAGUGUUUAGUCAGAAUUUUUGAGAGAGUCGACAGAGAAAAGACAGAUAAUCCUGUGGAAUUAGUUGAACAGACAUUCCCCGAAGAUUUGGAUUUAGAUGAAGAUUCAAAGAGGGUGUUUUUGGAAAUUACAGAUAUCUAUAAGCUUGCGGCAAUGGUAGAGGCACGGAUCAUGGAACAUGAUGAAACAAGACGGAAGGAAACAAAGGAGUUGGAAGAAAGAAGUAGGAGAGUUCGGGUUCUCUUCAACAGCUUCGAUUCGCUCCGAUCAGUACGUGAGUGUUUGGAGAGAAUAACAGAUAGAUUCGAAGAAGUGAGUGUGGAGAAGUCUCUCGAAGAAGGUGAACUGAUCUUGGGCGGAUUGAUUUUAGAUGAAGAAUCGAAUAGGGUGUUUUCAGAAAUCACAGGCAUCCGUAAGCUUGUGAUGGCAGCGGAGGCACGGAUCAUGGAGCAUGAAGAAACGAGAAAGAAAGAGAUAAGGGAGCUGGAAAACAGUGUGGUGAGUUUGACAGAGGAGAACAGAGAUAUCAGUAGCUUGCUGAGGAUUGCUUUGGUAGAGAAGGAGGCAGUGGAGAAGAGCCUGAGCAGAUUGAAAGGUGGCGGCGGGGAGCAGAGGAGGGUGGCAAUCCUGCAGAUUGUGCAGAAGGUGGGGUUUGGGUUCAUGAUGGGCAGCGGCAGUGCUUCAAGUGCUAGCGAUCCAUCGGAGAGCUCAAGCGCUGAUCAUGGGACAAGAUCGGACAGUAGUGAGAGCGCGGAGGAGGUCGUUAGCCUGGCUUCAACUGUGGAGAAGAUAAUGAAGAAUCUACGGCUGGAGAUUACCCAACUAAAGAGAUCUUUGGAUGAAUCUAGGUCAGACGGUGAGCGGUUGCAGAGUCUUACAGAGAAACAAGCUCAGAAGAUUGAAGAAAGCACAUUGUACAUAAAAGAUUUAGAAGAAAGGGAAACUAUACUGACACAAAAUGUUGAAGAGUUGAUGAUGGAAUUAGCAGAGGCUGAGGAAGAGAUUGUCCGAUGGAGGGAAGCUUGCGAGCUAGAGGUGGAAGCGGCGAAGGCUGCUGUUGAAGAACGCGACAAAGAGGUUGCCAUUCUCAAAGAAGAGUUGGAGAAGACAAAGGUCUCAUUGGAGCUAUCAAACAACAAGCUGAAGCUGAAAGAAGAACUAGCUACAGCUGCAAUGGCAGCCCAGGUUGCUGCCGAGCAAUCUCUGCAGCUCGCCGACAGCAGAUCUGCCAUUUUACGUGACCGGAUCGAAGAACUUACAAGACAGUUAGAGGAGGCUGAUAGCAAAGGCGAACGGGCCGCCCGCCGGAAAGCAAGGCACGUCUGUUGGCCUUGGCGGGCCCUACGGGUUAACCCGGCCGCUAUGAGGCGGCGGGAUGUAAGCCGGCGGAGGCUGCCGGAGAUGGAAGCAUUGUUGCAUAAUAACAUCUGAGUCACGAUUUUGUUUUUUUGAACAUUGAUCUUGGGGUGCAUUUGGUUUGCACCAAAUAUCAUGAUAUUUGGUGCAACCAAACGCACCCUUAAUUAGGUAUUUAACGCUUACCAGAAAACAUUGAUGUUGUUUUUCUUGUACUUCUUGAAUGAAAUAAUGACAGCAGAUUAGUUUCAAGAAGUAAACGGGUCAACAUGACACGUGAAAAUGUGUUCAUCUGAGGGUCCCACCAUAUAUAAGC